CCCAUAGCUACCGCGGGCGGCGGCGGCCAUCUUGGCGGCGGCGGCGGGGCGAUGAGCGGCUCCAAGGCGAGGGCGGCGGCGGCGGCGGGGCCGGAGAAGAAGCCGCCGCCGGGCACCGGGGGAGCCCUCAGCCGCCUGCGGGGCCGCCGAGGCUCGGGGGACUCGGCGACGCGGCCGGGGGCGCCGUGGACUGAAUCCGAGCUGCUGGCGCUGGAAACCGUCCGGCCCGAGCACGUCCUGGGGCUCUGCCGGGUGACGGAGAAUUAUUUAUGCAAACCUGAGGACAACAUUUACAACAUCGACUUCACCAGGUUCAAGAUCCGGGACCUCGAGACUGGAACAGUGCUGUUUGAAAUUGCAAAGCCUUCUGCUUCAGAGCAAGACGAUGAGGAUGAAGAUGACAACAGUGAACUUGACGCUAGUGCAGGCCGCUUUGUUCGUUACCAGUUCACCCCAGCGUUUCUUCGUCUUCGGACUGUCGGUGCAACAGUGGAAUUUACAGUGGGAGAAAAGCCGGUGUCAAACUUUCGAAUGAUUGAGAGACAUUACUUCCGAGAUCGCUUGCUGAAGAACUUUGACUUUGAUUUUGGCUUCUGCAUCCCCAGUAGCAGGAACACAUGCGAACACAUCUAUGAAUUCCCUCAGCUCUCAGAAGACCUUAUCCGCCUGAUGGUUGAAAAUCCAUACGAGACCCGCUCAGACAGCUUUUACUUUGUGGACAACAAGUUGAUAAUGCACAACAAGGCCGAUUACGCAUACAACGGAGGACAGUAACCGUGUGUGUCCGUGGAUGCCGUGCUGCCGUUACCAUUCCAGAUGUCCAGGACCAGACUGGAGUUGUCGUCUCAUGCAACAAGACUUCUUGUCAAACCUUUUUUCCUUGCGUGAGGGUGAACACACGAAGCAACGAAGACAGCUCCCAAAAGUAAAGGAACUCUCCCUGCAAUGCUUCACUAUCCACCAUUCUUAACAUAUCCAGCCUCUGUCAUUCUCCAUUUCUGGAUACCUUCUGGUACCCUGGUUAGGUUAUGGAUCAGAGGCACUGUUAGAAAACUAUUGCUGUUACAGUUUUUAUAGCUUAGGUUGCACUUUUAGUGCUUCUGAUGUUUCACCUAUUGGGUGACUACCCUCUUUCAAGAGGUCAGAUUAUUCGGGUAAGCUAUUUCUUAGCAGGACAAUUUGCCCCCUUCGGGUACCACUGACACCUGAAGAGCAGAUCUCUUCUUCACUUGGAUAGAUCAUCUCUUCCGUGCAUAGUGGUUUAGUUUGUAGCAUGGCUGAGGUUGCUUUUUAGGGUGCAUCCCUAUAUUCUCCAGUGGGAAAGAUAAAAUAAGAGACUAAUUCAGCUUCUGAGUGAUGCAGGAAUCUUCUUUCUAUCUCCAGGGGUCUGAGCAGCCCCCUGGGAAUGGCUCGAUCUGUAUUUUACCAGAGAUGUCACUAGGGAGAAGAGAUGGGGGGGAAAAAGAGGCUUUAUCCAGUUUGGUCGUUGAGUCAGUCUGACCGUAUUUCUGUCUGAGCUUUUGCAAGCAAAUUGCUGAAUUUUGGAGCUCAAGGGUCAACCUUAGAGCUGAAUUUAAUCUCAGGUAUAUUUAUCAUUUCUCUUGAUUCCCCUUGUGUAGGUUUUUUAGCUCUUGCUACAGAAUGUAUUGGUUUUGGACCAAUGGCACAUUGUCAGUCUAGAUGGGGUGCAGGGGAGGUGUUGGUUUAGUGGGGCUUAGAGGAGAAAGGGAGAAUGGGGAAAAUCACUUAGGAAGCAAAGCUUCCUAGGCUUCAAUGUCUGAGGUACUUCUAUACCUUUUAAACCUGAAUGUCAGAGGUGCUGGAAGGAGGGAUGGUGCUGUUACCAUUUGAUUUGUUUCAGCUGAGGUACCAGCAGCUAAAAACCACAGGUCAAAUUAUUCAGUGUUACAGAGGGGGAUCCUUAAUGACCAAAACGUGAGAACUGGCAUUCUCUUUGUAAUUGUCGGAGUUCCCAUCACUGCUUUGCCUACUUGGCUGCUUAUUUAUAUUUGAGGAAGUCUCCUGCUGAGUUAGCGACUGCCAGACCAGAGGGUGUCUUCACAGCAGCGUUUGGGAUCUGGCAAUAGGAAGUAGCAGAGAGCUCUGCCUUCCCAGCAGCUGCGCUGGUGCCCAGCUCCUGACCGAGCAGAACCCCAGCGAGCAGAACCCUUCUCUGCUUGCUUUCUGGUUCGAGUCUGGCGGUUCUGCUGGGCUGGUCAGCCCUGCCUGCUGUGCGGGGGAGUUAAACUGUGUCUGGGCUAGAGACGCUUGCUGGUGUUAGUCCCACUCGUUCCCUGGGAUAGCUGAAACCUAACCCCUUGGCAGAUGCAGUCGGAUACCUGCUGUGUUAAGGCUGAUUUGCAUAGGUUGUGUGUGAGCAGGAUUAAUUGGGGCGGGCAUCACAGGCUGUUCGUGCGUAGACAGCACUAGGAAGCCGCUGCCUUUCCCUCACAGAUUAAUGAUGGGAGCCUUGGCGUAGAGGAUCAGCGAGCAGCAGUGUAAGCAGUGAGAGUAUGUGGGGUGGCAGUCACGAAAGAAUCUCCAGCUCUUGGGAAGGAUUUUUAAUUACGAUUAACCACAACAAAUGAUCUGUUCUGGGUGGAGCAUUAAUCAUGAGCAACCACAACAAAUGCCUUGGGAAUGUGGAGGGGCGAGGUCUGCGUGGCUGAAAGACGAAGAACAGUUGUGCUGCCAUCACUCCCCUCCAGCAUCUCCAAAGGCACCGAGGGGAUCUUGGUUAGUUUUUUCAGGGUUAGUACAGGUGGAGCUCGAGGUGCCUCCUGCAGCAGCUCUUUGGGCGGCCUCAUGUCACGCUGCUGAGAUGGGAAACUUUUGUUCUGCUGGAAGAAUGCUUGUGACAAGGCAGAGCUGCCCAGAGGUGUGCUUUCCACCCCGAAGCAUUCGCAGCUGCUCAGGUAGGGUCAGAGGAGGCCGCUAGCUGUUCCCAGGGCGUUUUAGCAUAUUGAGCUGAAUUUUUAUGUAGUAUAAAUCCAGGUGCCUUUCAACGUUCCUUUUAUCUCGUUUUCUGUAUGAAGCAAACUGCUUUUCUUAUGGGUGUGACGUUUCCUGUCUGCUUUCCGUGUCCCCGAGUAAAGAUACUUAGGGGAAGGCAGACCGGAGCGAGCAGCAGCAGGCACUGCAGAGGCAAACACCGACCGGUGCGAGCUGCGGGAGGCUGCGGGCGGCUCUGCGGGGCCGGGAGCGUUGCUCGGGCCGCGGCUGCCAUCUGGCCGCUGCCUUGCGAAGUGCCACGGGUCAGCCUGAGCACCCUGCUGGUACGUACAGCGUGGGUGCUUGGAGGAGAGCUGAUUCCUGUCUUAAGCAGUCAUUACCUCAGCCGUGAUGAGAAAAAAGCACCGAGGCAGCGGCUUUCCCACUGGUGAAUGUAUCAUCUACUCAGCAAUAAGGGAAGGAAAGCUGGAGGAAAGCAGGAGGCUUGCAGGCAGCGCUGGCAUCCCUCAGUUUCUAGCUGGGUGCUUACUUUGCCAGAUCAGAAGGUCUUUGCCCAAAAAGCAUGCUGCAGAAAUAAGGCCCUACAAGAGGGCAACCCAGCACUGAAAAAGUUAAUUGUAAUCCAAAAGGUCAGGGACUUCUGCGCUCACCCCUGAGGUGGGGUGAUGGCCUUGGUGAAGUGAUCUAACAGCUCUAACAGCAGCUUCCUUCAGUUCUGUGCGCUCUGAUGCUGUAACGAUGGAGCAAAGCUGCUCACGCCAGUGAGCCAGGAAGGGAUUCUGCGGGCAUCUCCCCCUUGGCAGGUGAACGGCACCAGCCGGGCACUGACAGCGGGGGAGAUGCUUCAGUGCCAGAUGGAGCUUGAGCACGGGGACAGGGACCUGCACAGGCAGCUUCACGGGUCCCUUGUGCCGAGCUGGAAGCAGAGGGCUGGGAUCGUGCUGUGCUCUAACAAAGGGACCAAACCCACACAUCCUAAACCUUGCCAGUGUUUGUCCUCUUAGGACCAGGACCUCUUUUACCUCUUUUUCACACUUCUGAGGCGAGUGCUUUGGACUCAUGCCAGCGAACUUCCCGGACAGCUGUUUGGGGACUGACUGAGGAACACAUGUACGCGUCACAGCUCCUGAAGGAAGGCGUCCCAUGGUCCCGGGCUGGGCGCUGCUGUCCCUGUCCCUGCUUCCUCUGGGACCCGCCUUCCUCUGCGCGCUCUCCUGGGGAUUUUCGAGGCUCCUCGCUGCUGGGGAGCACCUGGCAGCAGCCUGCCCUCCGUGCUGGAGGACGUUUACCUGCUUGCCUGGGGGCUGGGGACGAAUAAAGUGGUUUCGAGCUA